AUGGCCGCCGCCUCGAUCACAGCCGGACCUCCGUGCGUCGUCGUCGUCGUCUUCGUUGUCGCGCGCCCAGAGCCUCCAAGACCUAUCGAUAUUUGCGCCGGCUCAUCCGAAAAUACGACGUCUAUUUUGCGCGGAACCGCGAGCGCGUUCCCCUGA